CUGAGAACGCUUUCACGUGGUUUCUUCUGACCCGUUUAUUCCCGCGUUUAAUCAUCAUAUAACCUCAACAGAGAUUACGAGACACACAUUUUGAACAGAUCAAAGAAAUCUUGAAAAAAUGUCUGGUCGAGCUCGAGGUAGAGCUCGGGGUAGAGCCCGUGGAGCAGAUCAGACAGAGCCAGCCAGAAGACCUGGAGAAGGGGAGUCGAAGUCUAUGCCAGCUCCUACUUCAUCAGCUCCUGCUCCUGCACCUGCAGGAGGUCCUCCGGGGCCUAGUGGUAGGGCUACCUAUAGAGGUGGAGCUGCUGUCCCACGUCCAGGUAUGGGAGGGGGCGAAGGCCAAGUUCCAGCUGAUGAACUUGCAAAGAUGAGUAUUGGGACUGGUGAUGCUAGUCAGGUAACUCAGAAAAGGAGACCUCGUUACACUGAUCCAGAAACAAAGCCUGCAUGGAUUACGGACAAAAGAGGAACAUCAGGGACAGCAUUACCAGUGAAAACAAACUAUUUCAGACUGGAAUCCAAACCAGAUUGGCAUCUCUAUCAGUACCAUGUUGACUUCAAUCCACCUGUGGACAGCAAGAGGUUGAAAAUUGCCUUAUUAUUUCACCAUGAAGAACUUCUUGGAAAGACGAAAGCCUUUGAUGGAAUGGUUCUGUUCUUGCCUCACAAACUACAGCAAAAUGUAACUGAGGUAUACUCAAAGAAGAAUUUUGAUGACACGCAGGUCCGAGUGACCAUCACAUUGACCAAUGAACUACCACCCACUAGUCCUCAGUGUUUACAAGUGUUCAAUAUAAUCUUCAGAAGGGUUCUAACGAUGGUGGAUAUGCAGCUAAUUGGAAGAAAUUAUUUCAAUCCCAAAUUGGCAGUUCAAAUUCCACAACACAAACUUGAAGUUAUGCCAGGGUUUGUAACUUCCAUACUGAGAUAUGAAACACAAACAUUGCUGUGUGCUGACAUUUCUCACAAAAUAUUACGAAGUGAUACAGUCCUUGAUAUUAUGUACGAGAUGUACAAUCGUUCGGCAGGAGAUGCCUUUUAUGAAAAUUGUAUCAGAAAAUUUGUAGGAUCUAUUGUACUAACACGAUACAACAACAAGACCUAUCGUGUAGAUGAUUUUGAAUGGGAUUUAAGGCCCACAUCAACAUUUAAACUGCGAAAAGGAGAAGAUAUUUCCUAUGUAGACUAUUAUAAGAAAAAUUAUUCCAUAACUAUUAAUGACCUCAAUCAGCCUUUGUUGGUAAGCAGACCCAAGAAAAAAGACAUUAAAGUAGGAAGAACAGAAGUAUUAUACUUACUACCAGAAUUAUGCUGCUUGACAGGACUGUCCGACGAAGCCAGAGCAGAUUUUAGUGUAAUGAAGGAUGUGGCAGCUCAUACUAGAAUUGCACCUCAGGGUAGAACCCAAACCUUAACCGACUUCAUCAACCAGAUCAACACUAAUCAAGCUGUCAAGACAGAAAUGGGAGGUUGGGGCCUUCGCUUUUCACAAGAUCUGGUACAGAUAAAUGCUCGUGUUGCACCUCCAGAGAAGAUAAUGCAGAGAUAUGAUGCUGUUCUGAAUUAUAAGCAAGAGGAUGCAGACUGGAGCCGUGAUAUGCGGGGGAAAGAAUUAGUUACUCCAGUAGACCUGCAAAGAUGGGUAAUUGUGUUCACAAGAAAGAACUCUGCAAUGGCUCAAGACUUGGUUCAAACCUUAAGCAAAGUUGGACCUCCCAUGGGAAUGAGGAUUAAUCAACCAACUCCAUGUGAAAUUCCAGAUGAUAGGAAUGAUAGCUACCUCUCUGCACUGAGACAGCAAGUACAACAAGACACACAGAUGGCUUUGUGUAUUCUGCCAACAAACAGAAAGGACAGAUAUGAUGCCAUUAAAAAAUUCUGUUGUGUUGAUCACCCAGUUCCUAGUCAGGUUGUGGUAGGCAGAACAUUGUCAAAGAAGCAGAUGUUGAUGUCAGUCGCUACUAAAAUAGCUAUUCAGUUGAACUGUAAACUUGGUGGAGAGGUUUGGCAUCUAGAGAUUCCACUUAAAGGUUUGAUGGUGGUAGGUAUCGAUACAUACCACGAUUCUGCCAAGAAAGGACGUUCUGUUGGAGGUAUUGUUUGUAGCAUGAAUAGAAAUCUUACCAGGUAUUACUCUAGUUGUACAUUCCAAAUGCAGACCCAGGAACUCGUUGAUGGAGCAUGUAUAAAAAUGCGAGGUGCCCUGGAGAAGUACCAUGAAGUAAAUGGUGCAUUACCAGAGAGGAUUAUUGUGUUUAGAGAUGGUGUAGGUGAUGGACAGCUCCAGGCUGUACAUGAACAUGAAAUACCACAAAUGAUUGAUUGUUUCAAGAAAGCAGGUGGUACUGAAUACAGUCCUAAGGUUGGUGUAGUUGUUGUGAAGAAGAGGAUCAACACCAGAUUCUUCGCCAGUUUGAACAGGGGACAAUUGGGUAACCCACCCCCAGGAACCAUCAUUGAUACAGAAGUAACUAAACCAGAGUGGUAUGACUUCUUCCUUGUUAGUCAGUCUGUCAGACAGGGAACUGUUACUCCAACUCAUUAUAAUGUUGUGUGGGAUACCACAGGACUGAAACCAGAUCAUAUGCAGAGAUUAACCUACAAGAUGUGCCAUCUGUACUACAAUUGGCCGGGCACAAUCAGAGUUCCAGCUCCAUGCCAGUAUGCACAUAAGCUAGCCUUCCUUGUUGGACAGAGUAUUCAUAGAGACCCGUCACCAGCCUUGGCAGACCGUCUUUACUUCUUGUAAACUGACAUGACGGUCAAAAGAGAGAAAGGACUGGUUUUAUGUAAAUUAAAGCCAUCAUACAAAAUGAAGUGCCUUCCUAGCUCUACAAGAGUAUGGAUUGUUUACUUGUAAUGUACAUGUGUGCAAUGACUAGAAAUGGUGCUGAUUGAAAGACUGUGUAUAUUUGUGAACUACAGUUUUGUGUAAACUGAAGGAUUAUUAAUUUACAGUUUAAUGCUAUGCAACUGAUUUUUUUGUCGCAAAAACUUGAUGAUCUGAUUCCUGUGUUUAAACUUAUGGGUCUUUAGCUACAAUGUUGUCUAUAGACUGUUCAAAAUAUAUCAAAAGACUGAAUCCCAUGAGGGACUUCAAUCAAAAAUGCAGAAAAAGAUGUUUAUGAGAUUUUUUUUUUGUUUAUCAUUUUUUUAUAUACAUAGUUUAUUGUUUUAGAGUAGGUUUUGUUAUUUUUAUACUGUUGCUAUUACAUUGUUUUAUUUUGCUGAUUUGAAAGACAUUGAUUAAGCUUUGUGGUCUUUAUGCAGAUGUAUUAAUCAUGUGUUUCAACAUCAGUGUGCAAGUGAUCAUAAGUUGUUUAUAUUGUUGAUUAUAGGAGUUCCAUUAUAUGUAGAAUAGAAGUUAACAGAAAAUUUACAGCAAAGAUUGAUAAAAUUUUGAAGUAGGUUCAAAUUGAAAUAAUUUCUUAUCUUGUAGAAAAUCUAUAUUUUUUUUAUGAAAAAGAUUGAUUAUAUGAAGGAAUAUUUAGAUGAGGAUAAGGGAAGUUUUUGAGAAAUGAACAGGAUUGACAACCAAAAAUAUCUGUCCAAAUUGUUUUAAUGGGGUGGUACAAAGGUAUUCAUGCAUAACUAUUUCAGGGAAAAUGCAAAGAUAAGGCAGUCAACUUUCUAUUAGUUGAUGGUUCCAUUGACCAGAGAGAAAAAAACAAAAGUAUUACAGAUUUGAGUUGUGUGUCGGUUUUCAUCAAAAGAAAUCCUGUAUUAGCCAUUUUCUCAUACAGAAUUAUUUAAAGAAAUAUUGGCCCUGUUUCACACCAGUUUCUUAUGCCUGCUUUAAAAUUUGGUUUGUAUUGUUCUCUGCUAUUGUCGAAAAGGAUCAGGCUUUUUUCGAUGUGACGUUAUUUUUUUAUCAAAACACACCUUGAAAUAUCCUUGAUGGGUUUGCUUUUCAACAUUGUAUUGCAACUACAUGUAUAAAUGUAAAGGAUGUGUUGUUGAAAUUUGUGCAGACUAUGGACAUGAUAGAACAUGAAAUAAGGGUAAAUAUAAAAUGUUUGGGAGUAAAUUUAUGUUUGGAAUGUACAUUAUGAAGUUGAAGCCAGUGAUUUUAGAAUAAGACUUAUUCCUUCCACACUUCUUUUCUGGAAGUUAAACAGACAAAAACAUUCUUCAUUAAAACAUUUUCCUGUGAAAUCUGAGAAGAUGAAUUUUAUGUACUAAAAUUUUAAGAUUUUUCUUAAUUAAGUAUAAACAUAAAUUAAUCAGUUCACAUUUCAACAUAUUUGCUAGUUCUUAGAAUUAUUGUGCAAUAAUAGUCUUAAACCCAGUGAUGAACGUUUUCAGCGGAUUUCCAAUUUUUGAGUUCGUUUUUUCCUUCAUUUUUUCCCUUUCUUUUUACAGUAUUUUGACUUUUGGAAACACAAUUUCUGCUUUUUUUUUGGUUGGAGACCAAUUUCAUCCCUGUAACCCAUCCAUCUACUUGUAUAGAACAAGUUAGAAUAAUCAUAUUCAUUUGUGCUGUAAAAAUCAUUCGUAAUUGAAUCUCAUAAAAAAAAAAAAACAUGCCCAAAAACCCAUUUUUUACAUUUGAUCAUUGAUCAGUAUUAAUAGUUGUCAGAAAACCAUUCCACAUCACUGGUUGAAAUUGUAUUUGUAUGAAUGAAUGUUCAGUAAAAACUUCAUAAAACCAUAUUCCAUUUUCAAUUAGACAUAUUAAUCUUGCAGACAAAUAUCAUUUCAUAAUCAAUUUGAUUGGACAAGAGUUGGCAUGUAUGUACACAAAUCAUUUUUGGAAGCAAAUGUGAUCAUUUAUUUAACUGACAAAUGGUGUUUUUUUUUCAUUAAUCAUGCUGGGGAAGGGGGAAAAUUAAAAAGAAAAAAAUAAAGUUACAUUGUUUUUUAUUA